AGCGCGGCCGGGGAAAAUCAUCAUAACACAGGGGGGACAAAAUUCAUUCUUUUCACCAUUUACCUCAUCUGGAGGAGAGAUGUUUACUCUCACUAUGUCUGCGGAAACACAAGCAGCUGCUGCUGUGACCAACUCGUGACUGCUUCUUCAAAACGUCCUGAGACAGCGCUGAGAGGCUGAUCAGCCCCCUGAGAAAGUCUCACCUGUGCACUCCGUGAACACUGAGCAGGGUAACCCAAAGGCCACGAGCAUGCCCGUCAACGACCCCGAGAUCAUACUGAGCUACCAGCGGCCAGAUGAGGAGGUGGUGGUCGACCAGGGAGGGACCAGCUCGGUGCUGAACAUCCACUAUGAGAAAGAGGAACUAGAAGGUCACAGGACUCUGUUUGUGGGCGUCCGGAUGCCCAGGCAGAGCCAUCGUCACCACAAGGCCCACGGCUCUCGCCACCGCAAGAAAGACAGAAGGGCAGGAAGCGUCGCAACACAACAAAGCGAGGGAAGUGAGACAGCCACCUCCAGUCAUGACACACCGUCCCAGCGGGUCCAGUUCAUCCUGGGCUCAGAGGAGGAUGCUGAACAUGUGGCCCACGAGCUGUUCACUGAGCUGGAUGAGAUCUGUGUGAAGGAUGGCAAGGAUGCUGAGUGGAAGGAAACAGCCAGGUGGCUGAAGUUUGAGGAAGACGUGGAGGAUGGAGGGGAGAGGUGGAGCAAGCCCUAUGUGGCCACUCUCUCCCUCCACAGCCUGUUUGAGCUCCGCAGCUGCAUCAUCAAUGGCAGCGUGUUGCUUGACAUGCGUGCUGACAGCAUCGAAGAGAUUGCAGACAUGGUGUUGGACCACCAGGAGGCAUCUAAGGAGCUGGACGACAGUGUAAGAGUAAAGGUACGCGAGGCUCUGCUGAAGAGACAUCACCACCAGAACGAGAAGAAGAAGAACCUGAUCCCCAUCGUCCGCUCCAUUGCAGAGGGAACCCGCAAACAGUCAGAGCCCCUUCUGACCGCAGGGUCAGCCACAUCUCCACAGCCUCCACCAGCUGUAGAACCCGCUAAGAACGGUGCAGCACAGGACAGUUCCCAAGUGGACCUCAGCAAGGUGGACAUGCACUUCAUGAAGAAGAUCCCAGAGGGUGCAGAGGCCUCCAACGUACUGGUGGGAGAACUGGAUUUCGUGGAGAGGCCCAUUGUGGCCUUUGUCCGCCUCUCCCCUGCUGUGCUCCUCACUGGACUCACUGAGGUCCCCAUACCUACCAGGUUCCUCUUCAUUCUCCUGGGCCCAGAUGGAAAGGCUCAGCAAUACCACGAAAUUGGACGCUCCAUGGCGACCAUCAUGACAGAUGAAAUCUUCCAUGAUGUAGCUUACAAGGCAAAGGACAGAAGUGACCUGCUGGCUGGGAUAGAUGAGUUCCUGGACCAGGUGACAGUCCUACCGCCGGGAGAGUGGGACCCCUCCAUCCGCAUUGAGCCCCCAAAGAAUGUCCCCUCUCAGGAGAAGAGGAAGAUGCCAGGAGUCCCUAAUGGCACAGUCUGCCAGGUAGAGGAAGACCUGCAUCCUGAGUGCCACGGGCCAGAGCUGCAGAGAACUGGAAGGUUGUUUGGCGGCCUGAUAUUGGACAUCAAGAGGAAAGCUCCAUUCUACUUGAGUGACUAUAAGGACGGUCUGAGCCUCCAGUGUGUGGCCUCCUUCCUCUUCCUGUACUGUGCCUGCAUGUCUCCUGUCAUCACCUUUGGAGGACUGCUGGGGGAGGCGACAGAGGGACGCAUCAGUGCCAUUGAGUCCUUACUGGGUGCGUCUAUGACUGGAGUAGCCUACUCUGUGUUUGCUGGUCAGCCUCUCACCAUUCUGGGCAGCACAGGGCCUGUGCUUGUUUUUGAGAAAAUCCUCUUCAAGUUCUGCAAGGACUACAACCUGUCCUAUCUGUCGCUGAGGGCUUGCAUCGGCCUGUGGACCGCUCUGCUGUGUCUGCUGUUGGUUGCCACUGAUGCUAGCUCUCUGGUGUGCUACAUCACUCGGUUCACAGAGGAGGCCUUUGCCGCCCUCAUCUGCCUCAUCUUCAUCUACGAGGCCUUGGAGAAGCUGUUCCACCUCGGAGAAGUCUACCCCUUUAACACACACAGCGAUCUGGACAAACUCACACUGGCGUACUGUAGGUGUGCAGAGCCUGAUAACCCCAGUAAUAAAACCUUAGAACUGUGGAGUGAGAGAAACAUCACAGCCUCUGCUGUAUCCUGGACCAACCUCACUGUCAAGGAGUGUAUCAGUCUGCAGGGCCAGUUUGUUGGGACGGCAUGUGGCCACCACGGCCCCUACACCCCAGAUGUUCUCUUCUGGUCUACCAUCUUGUUCUUCUCAACCUUUUUCAUGUCUGCCUUCCUCAAACAAUUCAAGACAAGUCGUUAUUUCCCCACCAAGGUGCGGUCCAUGAUUAGUGACUUUGCAGUGUUCCUCACCAUUGCCGUCAUGGUUCUGCUUGAUUAUGCCAUUGGCGUGCCCUCCCAGAAGUUAAAGGUGCCCAGCAAAUUCCAGCCUACCAGAGAUGACCGAGGUUGGAUCAUCAAUCCAAUAGGACGCAACCCAUGGUGGACAGUCCUAGCUGCAGCUAUUCCCGCUCUUCUCUGCACCAUCCUCAUCUUCAUGGACCAACAGAUAACUGCCGUCAUCAUCAACCGCAAAGAGCACAAACUGCUGAAGGGCUGUGGGUACCACCUGGACCUGCUCAUGGUCGGGGUGAUGCUGGCGGUUUGCUCCAUCAUGGGUUUACCCUGGUUCGUAGCAGCCACGGUCCUGUCCAUCUCUCAUGUCAACAGCUUGAAGUUGGAGUCAGAGAGCUCGGCUCCAGGAGAGCAGCCUCGAUUCCUGGGUAUCAGAGAGCAGAGGCUCACCGGCUUGGUCAUCUUCCUGCUCAUGGGCUGUUCUGUACUCAUGACUGGAGCCCUGCAGUUCAUUCCUAUGCCAGUGCUCUAUGGUGUGUUCCUUUACAUGGGAGUCUCUUCAUUAAAAGGCAUCCAGUUCUUCGACCGUCUGAAGUUGUUCGGCAUGCCGGCGAAACACCAGCCAGACUUCAUCUACCUGCGCCAUGUGCCCUUGAGGAAGGUGCACCUGUUCACUGUCACUCAGCUCACCUGUCUGGUGCUGCUCUGGGUCAUCAAGACCUCACCUGCCGCUAUCGUCUUCCCAAUGAUGGUGCUGGCUCUGGUUUUCGUUCGCAAACUGCUGGAUUGGUGCUUCUCCAAGCGAGAGCUAAGUUACCUGGAUGACUUAAUGCCUGAAUGGAAGAAGAAGAACCUGGAUGAUGCCUCCAAAACAAUGGAAGAGGAAUCGCAGGUUAUGCUCAGUAAAAAGAAGGAGGAUACAGCUGUUGUUCAGAUUCCCAUGGAGAGCAGCAAACCCGUUCAGACUCCCAAAGCACAUGACCCCAGGUGUGACCCCUCUGAUAUUAAUAUAUCUGAUGAAAUGUCUAAAACCACCGUGUGGAAAUCCCUCAACUCCAAUCAAAAGGACACUCGUCCUGUGGCUGCUAAAAAGGAUUGAUGGGAUCGCGUUCAUAGACGAUUAAAGGAUAUCCGCAGUCCUGACAGACUGUAGCUCUGGACCACAGGACGCUGCGAUUUGGCUGCUUUGACCGUCAGGCACCUCAGUGCUUAGAGAAACAAGUCUGGAUGAUUUCUACCAGCUACCUGCAACACAUAAUACUGUCCACAAACACACAGACAAAGAGAGGGUAGUACACUCUCACACACAUAGACAGACACACACAUGCACAUACCUUUGUGAGGACCACAAAUAUUUUUAAAACCUUAUGUCCUAAAAUUAAAAUCAGUGCUAACCUUAUCCUAACUCUGACUCCUUAACCUUCUUAACCAUUUAACCAGUAAAAUCUCUGAUCUCAACCACCAUCAUCUGCUGUCAGCUACAGGACAGGGAAGAAGUCCUUUAUGACACAUUUUGCCCUGUACACUGCCUUUGGCUUUCUAUCUUAAUUGUGAGGUUGGAGGCAUUCUCUCCUGCAGCAGCAUCCACCAGUAAAAACUCAAUACUGGUGAAUAGCUUGGUUUUAAUUAAUUUGUAUCUGAUAAUGUAAUCUAGAGACACAUCCUGGAGCUGCUGCUCUUUCCACGGUGACAGUAAAUAAUGGAGGACACUGUGACAGCUGCUGGCAGCCCUGGUGAUUUCACUGAGAUAUGGGGACAUUGGCUGAUUCACACCUGAAAGCCAUCCAUUUAUUUUAAACUCAUUUGGAUGUAACAUCUCGACAUGCCAGUCAGUCAGUAAUUCACAGUGUCACUGGUCUGUCUACAAUGUCAGCCAAAAAGUCUGGAUGGUUUUUUUUCAGCACAUGGUGACACAGCUGUCAUUUGUCUAUAAAUAUCGACUUUACUGCCCAACAUCAUAAAAUAGCCCAUAAUAAAUUCCCUCGUAGGGCAGAUUUUUUAUUUAAUACUAGAGAUAGCCUUAAACUGAACCCUAGCACAGAUAUAAACCAGGAAUAUGCCCAUUUGCCAGUUUUGUUGAGUCAACUUUAUAGUUAUUUGGAGGAUGCAGUUUAUGGCACUGUUACAUUGUAGUGCAUUAUACUCACUGGUGUUUGUAUUAUUUUGUCCACCCCAUUUAAACUGAUAAAGACUGCAUUAGUUUAAAUGUAAUCAUUACACUCCUUAUUUUACUACUGUUUUAAAUCUGCAAUAAUUUGCAUUUUUUGGCCACUUGAAACAAGUUGUAACCCCAACAUGGAAAUAUCACAUUUAAAGUUGAUACAGUGAGCUAAGCGGAUGCUUAUUUACACAUCCAGCAGAUACAGAGAAAAAUUAGCAUUCAUUUCAUGUUUCCAGCCUCCUGAUGAAUUUAAGUCACAUGUUUACUCUGCCUUUUGCUCACUUUUUGGUUUCUACGAUCUCCUGGGGGAAAUAACUGAGUCUUUAGUUGCUAAGUGGUCUAAUAUGUUCACCAGCUAGUUUGGUGCUGAGCAGGCAGUGUACAGUGGGUUUUUUGCUUAAGUAAUCUGCCUGUUGGAGUUAAAAGCAACACUAUGAGAUGAUAAGUUAUUAUCAGUUCAUUACUACAAGUGAUCCCUUUUGAAAACAAGUAAUCACGUGAGCCACUGUUGAUUAAAAAUAUAUAAAUUAUAUUUGCCUUAAAGGAGCUGUAUACAACAUUCUGAACAUCAUGAUUCAGGUUGUGUGCACAUGGUUCUCAACAUCGAGGUGGCUUAGCCGGCAGCUAGCAGCCAGCGGUGCUAACAGCGCAAAAGGCGCUAAUAACAACAACAGUGCUGACAGAGCUAAUGGUGUUAACCUGGGGGGGAUCCGGAGGAUGUGUGUUAUCAGAAAUAACUGCCGUGUGACGCAGUGCAGAGCCACAGCGAUGAACUAGCCAGUGGGAUACACUCACAUGGGCUAACAUGCACGUGCAGGCUGACUGUUUACCGUAACAACAAACAGAGAAGCUUGGAUUAUGACACACACACACAGAGGGAGGGUGACUUCAUUCUCUGCUCAGGACGGCAUUACUCCACUUUACCUUUACAUAGCAACAUAGUUGUUUGCUGCAAUGUUAAUGUUCUGAAUGUCACCUACAGCUCCCUUAAAGACAUUUGGUCCUCACAAAGAUAGACAAGCACACACACACACACACACACACACACACACACAUACAAACACACACUCACAUAACAACAACAACAACCUCUCUACUCCACUUUUUCACUCCAUCAGAGACAACACCCAGGUUUCACCCCUCCACUGUACACUUGGCUGAGCUUCAUGAUAGAGAGUAAAUGCUCCUUUAAACACAAACCAGUUUGUUUUAUUAAUCUAAGUGGGUCCAUCUGUCAUCAUUCCUUAAAUCUGCUAGACUGUCUUUUAUUUAAUGUGCCAUGGUUGUGUACUUUUUCUAAUAGUGAUGAUAUGGUCGAUUAUUUGGUAGAUUUUAAAAAUACAUUGCAGGUUCAGUAACACAUAGACAAAUCCUCUUUUGGGGCAUAAAACUUUGUGUCAGUUUUGUGUGAUGAUGUAAACUGAAAACUGUAAAUGUCAGAAGACCAACUUCAGCUGAAGCAGCAGCAUCAAUAACGUGUUUUUGAGAUGUAAUCUUUUUCCCUUUAUGUUCGUCUUUGAACUGAUGAUCGUAAAAGAUGGAGGUUGUUCUACAGAAUAUUUGUCGUGUUAGUACAGUGACUUAUUUCUUUACCUCAGAUGAGUUCAUGAAGGCUCCAGCAAAGGACUUUGGAUAAUGUCAGGUCAGGGGAAACCAGAGCAGAGAGAUAGUGUGUGUGAGUGUGAGUGUGAGUGUGUAUGUGUGUGUGUAUAUGUGUGUGAAAGCGAGAGUUUGUGUGUCCCUUUGAGUAUCAGGAAAAUAAUCAUUAUUUUAUUAUUUUGUGGGGCUGCAGGAAUUUCUGUUAAGCAAUAAUUCACCCAAAAUCCGACCCAGAUUGACCUCUCCACACCUCUGUAUGUAUCAGGCCCUUUUUGCCAGUGCAACCUUUCUUCUCCAUCCCUGGGUUGAAGAGAGGCAGUUCAGGGAAAUGCAACAUUUAACACCUAAAACAUUUAACAUGUGCCAAAAAGAAAAUUCCUCACAUGGUUAAAAGGAUAUAUUUUGACAUCGUCACACUUUCCUUCAUUAUACGGAUCCUUGAGACAUGUCACUUUGGAUAAACACAGUUCCACUCUCACAUGCUCCCCCUCAUUUUUAAUUAUCAGAGUGUAACCUUUAAUUAAUUUAGGAUGGGACUCUUCUGUUUGAGUUUCACACACCGGUGUCACCUCAAAGCUCGGCGAGCCAAAGGGAGAAGAGAGAUGAUGGUGUGAAAAAAUGACCUCCAGUAAUACUUUAUUUGUAGUUGCACUUUCUGUAGAUAAAGAAAUUGUGAUAUAUUUUAUUUUGAAGACCGCUAUCAAGCAAUUAAAUGAUUUUACAAUAAUUUAUUAGUUAUUUAUUUUUAGAUAUGAAAUUCCAAUGUGUUCUCUUUACUUUCUGUAUAUAUUGUAAUAAGCAAGAUGAUCUAAAAGGAAUUAAUAUACUUAUAACAGUGAAUUCAAUAAAAUGCAUUUAAAGGUUAUUACAAAGAGAGCAAAGAGCUCAGAUGGGCGACAUCAGGAGUUUGUCUAAUAAAUCGGGAUUGUCACACCUUUUUUGGCCUCGAUGGGGGAGCCUUGAAACUGUUCGUAAAUCAAUUAUUGACUGAUAUUAACAUGGAUAAUAAAAGAAAGGAAAAGUGAAAGAAUAUGAUUUUUUUUUCAUUUUCUCAGGCAUUUUUUGCCUUUAUUUUGACAGCAGGGUGACAGGAAAUGAGGGCAAAGAAGGGAUGACACCUUUUGGGAGAGGUCUUCCUCAAGAGCUUUACCAGAAUGGGAUUUUUUUUUGGGUUAAUAUUAACAAAAAAGUGGGUGUGUGGGUUAAAAUGAAUACAUUUCUGUCAGAAAGGGCUCUCUGGGAGAAAGCUUACAAGGAAAACUUCUCCCAUGUGCGAGGGAUGACAUGCAACAAAUGUCCUGAUCUUCACUUAAAGUUAAAUAUAACACAAUAGAUAAAUUAAUCAAUUAAAAAAAAUCUCCAUUUCAAAUUUUUGAUCCAUUCAUUGAUGGAUUAAUGAAGUCAUGUUUAAAAUCUAUUAACUCCUUGUUUUCCCAUCCAGUUAAAUAUCAAUCCAUGAGUUCUUUUAUUACCAGUUUCAAGGCUACUUCCUCCACAGUCCCCAUCAUUUCUAUUCAAGUGACUUCAAAGCAAAGUGCACAAGUACAGUAAUCUAUCACUGUAACACCACAUGCUGUAAUACCUCCUCCGAGACGUGUAUGAAAGUUUGUACAUUGUGUUUGCUGUCAUGUACCUCUGCUUUGACUUACGAAUGUGUAGUCUUUGUGUUUCCAAGGACCCAUCUCUAAACUAAUGAAUGGCAUGACUAAAUAUUAUUCGUGUAAAUAUAUAUAUUCUAAAUGACACGAAUGAGUGCAAACAAAGGAUGUGUAAAUUAAGAAAAGACAAAAUUGUGAAAACACUUUUAAACAUCCAAUGACUGUAGCUCUAAUGAAAGAAUUAUUUAGCAAUUGUUAAAGUAAUUUUAAUGAGCAUCAUGUGUCUUAAACUUGAUUUUAAAAUCAUUAAUGUAUAUGUGAAUGUUUGGUAAACACACUGUUAAAUGCCUUCAGUGUACUGUAGGUUUACUGUGUGUACAUGUGACCAAGAUGGGGUCAUACAUUUCGAUGGAUGUGGGUAUAAAUAUACGUGCAGUACGUGUGUGCCUGUCAUAGAAUACAUAACCACUUCCUGUUGUGCUGUCAUUUUUGACCGUUGACCAUCUUACGUCUGACCAAAAACAGAAUAGCCAUUUAUGAGGUGCAGGCUGUUGUUGAGAAAACGUCGUCACUGUGUGCCCAUUUUGUACAAUUUCCUUGUCGCAUUAAAAUACAGCAAGAGACUCAUGUUUCAAAAUCUCUUCUGCCAGAAUACUUCAUUUUUAUGUGUAGAUUAAAAAACUGUGCACUGUGUGAGGCUUUGUCCUUUAAAUGAAUAUUAGACUAAACUUGUGUCUGUUUCAAGGACAGCGUCAGGGUGACAGAAGAAAAGGAUGAAAGAGAGAGAUGAUAGAACGUGGGAGGCUUUCAGGGAGAGGAACACCUUAAUCUUAUAGUCAUGGAGCCAUAGACAGAGCGAUGCCUUGUCUCUUCAACCACUGAAUAAUUAGUCUGGAUGUUUUAUAUGUAUAUGUAAUUUAAUUUUUGAUUAUGGAAAAAU